AUGAAGUGCGCGCAACUUAUUGUGGACAACUACGAGACGCAAGAAUACCGCUUCAACAUCAAGGAGUCUGCGGACGCGCAGUUCAACAACAUCCAGUACAUGUACGUCGGCCGCAACGAGUCCAUGGCCGAGGGCUUCGUGGGCUGCGUGUCCCGCGUCGAGUUCGACGACAUCUACCCGCUCAAGCUGCUGUUCCAGCAGGACCCGCCGCCCAACGUGCGAAGCCUCGGAGGCGGCGUAUUGCACGAAGACUUCUGCGGCGUGGAGCCGGUGACUCACCCGCCCGAGGCGGUGGAGACGCGCCCGCCGCCGCGGACCGACCUGCAGGCCGAGCGCGACUACCACAAGACCGACGAGGCCAUCCUCGGCACGGUGUUGGCAUUCAUCUUCCUACUGCUGGUCAUUGUAGCCGUGGUGCUGGUGCGCGCACUAUCGCGACACAAGGGAGAAUAUCUCACGCAGGAGGAGCGCGGCGCAGACGGCGCGGCCGACCCCGACGCCGCGGCGCUGGCGGCCGCCACGGGCCCGCGCGUCACCAAGCGACGCGAGUUCUUCAUCUAGCGCCCACACACCUAUCUGCAUCCUCUUAAGGUCGCACCACUAGUGAGCCAACACUCACUACUACACCGGUAGCUUCAAACAUUUCAAAAUACGUAGCUUCAUAUGACCCCACUAGGAGCAUACGACUCGUGAAUCUCAAUAACGACCAGUAACAAAAUACACAAUUAGUCACAUUCACACAUUCAUAGCCCUCAUCAAUUCAAGGGGAUCAACAAAACAUAGCUUGUAAGCUACGUAUUGUUGGAUCUCUCUCUUUUCACGUUUGGUAGCAGACUGUAUCCAUUAGCAGACUGCAACCAAACGCUUUACGCUCAGAACUUUCGAAGUUCAAUAAAAACUUUGAGCACAUUAUUAGGUACUUUAACCAAAAUCUCAAAAGUGCCGAAGACAAAAAAAAUACACAAUCAGUUUUUCGCGAAACUUAUUGUAAGUCAAAAAUAUGCACUUCUAGGAUCGGUGCUGGUCGCACUGUAUCCCAUUUCCAUGUGACAAGUUACAAGUUUACUGUGUUGUAAAAGGAAAACACAACAUCGUCACCACUAAGAUGUAUAUCAUAAAUAAACUGCAACUUCAAUCCUAAUGCCAUGGAACUAUAUUAUCAUGAUAUAAUUCAAAUAUUAGUCGGCUAUUCAUGUUAAAUGUAAAUCGACCAAAUGCUCAUUACGCGCAAAAUAGAUCGGCUACACUUACGUUAUUCUCUUUGUUUUUGAAGUAUCAAUCCUGUAUAUGCUUAUAAAUUACUAUAGUAGAUAGUAAUAAUUAAACAUAAUACGCAGAUCACACAAGUGCCCAAAUAUAAAUUUAAAAAUAUUGACACUAAAACAAUAAUGUUCCUGAAAGCAAUACAACAAGAACAACUCGUCCAAAAUAGUUAUUUCUACACAACAUAAAUUUAUUUUGUCUAAGCUUUCUGUGUAUCUUGAAUACUAUCAAGUGAACCAUAUUAUAUCCGCCAAGGAAGUUCACACCUAAACCCAUUUAUGUCCUAUUUAACAGACAUUUCAUUUAACCCAUUGCCAUACUAAUAUCAUGAAUGAUUGUACCUACUUAGUGAUUAUGAACUAUGUACUUCCCUUCACUCGAGUGCUAAUAACUAUUAGCCACUUAGUUUAAGAUCACACUAUAAUUAUACUUAUCAGUCACAUAGAUAUUAUUAUUUUUAGUGUAUAAUCACUUAAUUAUUUUUAUUAUAAAGUUUUUGAGCAAUUAUUUAAUAGUGUAUAAUAUUCAGUUAUAUGAUAUUUGAUUAUCCAUAGUUGGGUAAAUUACUUAAAAAUUAUACCAUCAAACAUUCACUCUUACCAUCUCAAACUGACUAGCAUUUAUCUCCUUCUAAAUUCCUCUCCCACAAUGUGCCAUUUGGCUGCUUUUAUUAAAUUAAUCCAACUAUUGUAAUGCUUCCAAAAGUAUGUAAUUUCAAAUUCAGCUUCUUUCUCUUUCAAAUUGUUGCAUACUACGUAGGACAGAGUAGACGUAUUUUUUCAACGGAUUACUUAAAUAAAAUUUCGAUCUCGACUUUAAAGUUCAGCAAACUGUCAUUGGACAAGGUAGAAUGUCAUCGGACAGCGGUGAACAAUCGUGAUCAUAAAUAAAUUACAAAUUAGUGUUAAGGUAAUUUAGAUUUUACGACACAUUAGAAUCUCUGUAUGGUUUUUUAUUUAGACUGCUAAUCUUAAGUUUGUGUGAGUUUUCUUUUUGUUUCUCCGUCCAAAACGAAUGCUGAUUGUUGUUUGAAAUGAUGUGAUCAUUUUAUUUCGAAGCAAUCAAGAAAUGACAAUUUAUUAUUUGUAUCGCACUAAAUAUUUGUGUUACUUAUAGACAUUUUAUACUUUGUAUUUUAAUAAGUUUAUAUUUAUUAUGUAGCUUACAUAGCUGUGACAGUUUUUGCCGUUAUGUAUUCCAGUUAAUGGUAAAAAAUGUUACAGAGAUGAUAUCGUUUAUUAUUGUACUUAUAUGCAAUUGCACACCCCGUGGCGGCAACAAUGUAUUACACAAAUAUUAGAUUCCAGAAUAGGUACUUAUAUGUGAAAUUGGUCUAAUCUUAUGUAUAUUAUGUUCAUAAAAGAUUUCUUUAUAGUUGUUCCGCCACGGAUUGUACUCUAAUUAGGCCAUUUUAAGGUCAUUGCUCAUCUGACAGGUUGAGUUGUACUAAAUAAAGUAACGACUGUAUAAACUUGAAUGCGUAUCAUUCAAUAACCAUUCAAUGAGGGUUUUCGCGAAUGAAAAAUCCGCCAGAUGACAAUACGUAGACGCGAGGUCCAAAUGCUGCAUGAUUGGUUAUUUUUGACAUGACAUUGACAGAUAUGUCAAAAUCCACCAAUCACGCGCAGUCAGACCCCACAUCCACGUCCCGCCAUCUAGCGGAUCUUUCAUUCGCGAAAACCCUCAUUCAAAAACCAAUAACGAGGUGGCAAGUUGUCAGAUGAGUGAAGAUCUUUAGGGUACUGUCACACUUCAGGGUCGAAAUUUUUGCCGUUAUUUUUAAACAAAAUAGAAAAAAGAUAACAAAGAAUAGUUUGCCUACAUAUUUUUUUCUUGAAUAGUUUUUUUUGCACCAGCCUUGUAGUGUGACGGCACCCGUGACGUCAUAACGCGAAGGUCCCGUGCCUUAAUCCGUGCUAUGGCGACGGUCGCUCACGGACUCGUAGUGUGUUGAGAGUAGAGUUUUUAUUUUACUACUUCGGAAUCACGAAUAAAUUUUCCAUAAAUAA